AUGCCGUUCACGACGUUGGUCACACUGAUCCUCGCACCAGUCCUACUGUUCGCCCUCUGGCACGUCACGGCGAACAGCAGUCCGCCGGUGCCCGCAUUCCUGCGCAACAAACGCAUCAUUCUACUGAUUGCGCACCCGGACGAUGAAUCCAUGUUCUUCAAUCCGACCCUGCAAGCGCUGACGGACCCACAACUCCAGAACCAUGUGAAGAUCUUGUGCCUAAGCACGGGAGACAGCGAGGGGCUCGGCCAGACGCGGCGGCUGGAACUGGAAAAGGCCGCAGUCACGCUUGGUCUGCGCCGGAGGGAAGAUGUCUUUGUCCUCGACGACGAGCGGUUCAGGGACGGCAUGCACGAGGACUGGAAGCCGGAAGAGGUCGUGCGUGUGCUGGCCAGUGCCUUUGCGCCGCAUUUGAAUGCCACCGCGCCGGCGGAGCGAGAGAAGGAGAAAGACCGGCGUAAGGGGAAGUCAAAACACACCAAAUUCUCCUCCUCUUCCUCUGCGACAACAACAGGCACAACUGCAAAAACCUCUCCGCCGCCCGAAGGUCCCCGCGCUUCGAUCGACGUCCUGAUCACGUUCGACGAGCACGGCAUCUCGGGCCAUCCGAAUCACAAGGCCUUGUACCAUGCCGCGACGCUGUUCGUCAAGCAGAUCAUGAAGGGCCAUGCCGGCUGCGCUUGUCCCGUGGCGCUGUAUACUCUGCCGUCCAUCAACAUUGUGCGCAAAUACAGUUUCAUUCUCGACGCUGUUCCCACGCUACUGGGUGGGAUCUAUGGCACUAUUUUCGGUAACGUGAUGGGCACCAGAGGCACGGGCAACAAAGAGGGCGCCGACCGUCUGGUGUUUGUCAAUGAUCUUCCGCGGUAUUGGAAGGCCAGGGCUGCCAUGACCGACGGACAUAAAAGUCAGAUGAUCUGGUUUCGCUGGGGCUGGAUAGCUCUGGGCAGGUACAUGGUAGUCAACGAUUUGCGGUCGGAAAAGUGA